CCAAAUCAAGGAUAAAAAAAAUCGCUGCGUGCACGCUUCCUCGGGAACAGCGUACCCAUCCAAAAACAUACCGGAAUUGAGAGCGCGCCUUCUCCCGACAGAGAAGUAGAGGAUGGCAUACAACUCUCGGUAUCCUCCACGGGGGAGUAAUCGCCCGCCGUCGCGCGAUUAUCGCAACGAGCGCGACUCGAGACAUCGAUAUGGCUCGCCGCCUCGAGACUCAUAUCGGCCGCCUUCAUAUGCGGGACGAAGCGAGCGCGAGUUCGAUGCGCGGUGGCCCCGUGACACAGGGGCACCAUCGUCCGCUAAUCACCGUGGUCCGUCCGGCGGGGACAGCUACCGGCUCCCACAAAGCGACUUUACCUUUCGCGUUGAGAAGCCUGCUGGGGUCCAAGACUCUGACACAUAUCGCCCACAGGGCGGUCGAAAGGGCCGCCAUGACGGCCGUGGGCCUCAGUCACCCGGUGGUGACUUGCGCUCCGCGAAAAGACAUCGCGGCCAACAGGACCGCUACUCCAGAAAUACAAACGGCGCUCAGUCGUAUCGCGACGGUCGUCAUGGGCGGAGCCACGGGGGCCGGCCGUGGCGUCCAUUCAUCGCCGCAGAACGCGAGCUGCUGAAGACUGACCAUAACUCUAGCAAUGAAGUUACAUUCUACAACACGUCGAACGGGGUAACUUACCGGCCCCUCGACGAGCUGUCAGAUAGCGACGAGGCCGAAAUGGACAUCUCAGGAGAUGAGGCCGAGGAGCCAUCGAGAAAGCGUGCGCGUCUCACUGUCGAGCGAACGACAUCGGACAACAAUCCGCCAAAGUGGUCGAACCCCGACCCCUACACGGCCCUUCCUCCUGAGACCGUAACGCAAGGAAAGAAGACGGACGUCGUGAAGAUGAUUCGCAAGUCCCGCGUUCAGGAAAGGGAAAUCAGGGCUUCUCUGCCUUCCGAGUCCGCUGACUUCAUCUCGUUUGACUCUGACAGCGAUUCUGCCGACGACAAAGCUGGGGAUCAGGUGCAGAAACCCCUUACACGGGCUGUCCCUCCCAGUGUGCCAGCAGAGUUGAAUCUUGAGCUGCCUCCUAAGCCAACUGUCUCCAAAUCGGGAAAGGCGCUUGCUCUUUUGCCUGAUCCAAUAUCAUCCGCUCUGGGAAGCCGGAAGCGGACACAUGAUGACGAGAUCAAGAUGCCGCAUACCAGGCUCAAGAAAGCCACUAAGAUGCCCGCUGGAGGCGGCGUCACGAAAGAGUGGCUUCCUGACCCGGAACUAGACCCAACUCCGUGGAUGGAGGUAGAUCACUCUCGGUCUGCCAACAUGGCUGUUUGGUUGCACAAGGAGGUGGUUGAUUUCUAUGAUUACAUCAAACCGCGGGAUUUUGAAGAGCGCCUGCGCAAUGAACUGGUCCAGGACCUAAAGCAGUUCUGCCGCAGGGUGUUCAAGGACGCCGAAGUGUAUCCAUUUGGCUCUUUUCCCUCGGGCCUCUACCUGCCCACGGCAGAUAUGGACCUUGUUUUCAUGUCCGAUGCGUACGCUAGUGGCGGCCACGCCAAGUACCACACAAAAUCCUUUCUCCAUCGGUUCAAGGGGCAGUUGGUGAAUCACAAGGUUGCUUGGGAGAACGAGAUCGAGCUCAUCCUUCAUGCCAAGGUGCCGCUUGUCAAGUUUAUCGAGCACAAGACGGGCCUAAAAGUUGAUGUCUCGUUCGAGAACAACACGGGAGUGAACGCCAUCAAGACGUUCAAGGCCUGGAGGGAGCAGUACCCCGGCAUGCCAGCAUUGGUCACGUUGAUAAAGCACUUCCUGCUCAUGCGUGGCCUCAACGAACCCGUCAAUGGAGGGAUUGGGGGUUUCUCGGUCAUCUGCCUGGUGGUGAGUAUGCUGCAGAUGAUGCCCGAGGUUCAGAGCGGCAACCUGGAUACGAGGCACCACCUCGGACAGCUUCUACUCCACUUUUUUGACUUGUAUGGCAACAAGUUCAACUACCAGACGGUUGCCAUCAGCCUGAAUCCGCCUCGCUGGAUCCCAAAGCAUCAAGUGACGGAGUUUGCGUACAAGAACCACGACCGGCUCUCGAUUAUCGACCCGAACAACCCAGCGAACGAUAUCGCUGGUGGGUCCAGCAACACACAAACCAUCCUGGCUCACUUCGCGCAUGCGUACCAACAGCUCACCAAACGCAUGGUCCAACUGGCCCAAGACCCGAAUAGGGCGGGUCAAAGUAUCCUGGAGGUCAUCAUGGCCGGAAACUAUUCCAGCUUCGAGAACCAGCGCAAGUAUCUUGAGAUGUUGUCCCGGGAGGGCUACCGGCCGCCCACAGACAGCCAAGGCAACCGACAAACAAACCGUGGCCGCGGCGACGGCGACCGGGCCAAGAGGAAUCAACCGGCAUCUCAUAGGCUUCCCCAGGGGAGGAACAGUGGAUACCGAAGGAGAUAAGCGACCCGAUCCCUCUUGUCGCGGACCGCCAACGACAGCACUAUCUUCUAAUCUUAUGAGCUUGACGAACGGAACACGGACCAUUGGCGGCGUUA